AUGGGUAACAAGAAAGCCACCAAAGUUGAAGCCGCACCUGUUGCAAUUAAGGCCACCAAACCUUUGAAGAAAGGAAAGAGAGAGCCUGAGGAUGAUGUGGAUACCAAAGUGAGCAAGAAGCAAAAGAAGGAUGUGAUUGCCGCUGUCCAGAAGGAAAAGGCUGAGAAGAAGGUGCCUAAGAAGGUGGAGAGCUCUGACUCAGACUCUUCCGAUUCUGAGGAAGAGGAGAAGGCCAAGAAGGUGCCUGCCAAGAAAGUUGCUGCUAAGGCUGCUUCUAGCAGUGACGACUCAUCUGACGAAUCUUCAGAUGAUGAGCCUGCACCAAAGAAGGCCGUUGCUGCUACUAACGGAACUGUUGCCAAGAAGGCCAAGGAUGACUCUUCGUCUGAGGAGGACUCUUCUGACGAGGAAGAAGUUGUUGCUGCUACCAAGAAGCCUGCUGCAGCUGCUGUGAAGGCCAAGGCAGAGAGCUCCUCGUCUGAGGAAGACUCUUCUGAUGAUGAGCCCGCGGCUAAACCUGCUGCAGCUAAGCCGGCUGCUAAGGCCGCUGCCAAAGAUUCAUCAUCCUCUGACGAAGAAUCAGAAGAUGAAUCUGAGGAUGAGAAGCCUGCCGCUAAGAAGGCCGCCCCUGCUGCUAAGAAGGCUGCAAGCAGCUCAUCUGAUGAAGAAUCUGAUGAGGAAAGUGAAGAUGAAAAGCCUGCAUCAAAGAAGGCUAAAGCUGCUAAGAAGGAGAGCAGCAGCGAUGAGUCUGAAUCUGAGAGUGAGGAUGAGAAGGAAACCCCUAAGAAGAGCACUGAUGUCGAGAUGGUUGAUGCUGAGCAGAAACAGCCUAAGACUCCAGCAACUCCUUCUACAGGAGGAUGCAAGACUCUCUUCGUUGGUAACCUCUCAUUCCAAGUUGAGCAAAAGGAUGUUGAGGAGUUCUUCAAAGGAGCUGGAGAAGUUGUUGACGUCAGAUUUGCCAUGUCGAAAGAGGAUGGCAGGUUCAGAGGCUUUGGCCACGUUGAGUUUGCCACUGCUGAACAAGCAUCGAAGGCAAUGGAGUUGAAUGGUCAAGCUUUGCUCGGUCGUGAUAUUCGUCUUGAUGUUGCUAACGAGAGGGGUGACAGACCCGCAUACACUCCCCAGAGCGGUGCUACCAACUUCAGAAGCGGUGGUGGUGGAGGUGGUGUUUCAGUUUUCGUGAAGGGUUUUGACUCAUCUCUUCCUGAGGACGACAUCAAGAGCGCCUUGAGUGAGCACUUUGCCUCAUGUGGAGAGAUCUCAAGGAUUUCUGUUCCCUGUGACCGUGAAACCGGUGCUUCCAAAGGAAUUGCUUACCUUGACUUCAAAGACGGCGCAGACAAGGCGUAUGAGCUCAAUGGUAGUGACAUGGGAGGAUGGAAUCUUGUCGUUGACGAGGCUAAACCAAGGGAGAGCAGUGGCGGAUUCAGUGGUGGUAGAGGGGGCAGUGGUGGCCGCUUUAACAGCAGCGGAAGGGGUGGUAGAGGAGGAAGAGACGGUGGUCGUCGUGGUGGUGGUCGUUUCAGUAGUGGUGGCAGAGGAGGAAGAGACGGUGGUGGUCGUGGAUACAACAAACCUCAUUUCACUCCUCAAGGCAAGAAAACUACCUUCGGCGACGAGUAG